AUGGGUUGCAUUUGUGUGAAGCAAAAGAUAGUUGAUGAUUAUAAAGAACAUCCACAAACAGUACUAGCUGCUCAGACUUUUUUUACUGAAAAGGAUGUGAGAUCACUGUAUGAUCUAUUCAAGAAGUUGAGCAGUUGUAUAAUCCACAAAGAUUUCAUAACAAAGGAAGAACUGCAGUUAGGACUGUUUCAGAACAGCAAAAGGCAGUCUCUUUUCAUCGAUAGAAUAUUCAGUUUAUUUGAUAUGAACAAUGAUGGGAUCAUAGAGUUCAACGAGUUUGUCCUGUCCCUUAACACCUUCCAUCCAGACACAUCACAAGAAGAGAAAGCAGCCUUUGUGUUUCGCCUGUAUGGCCUACGGGAGACAGGAUUCAUUGAGCACGAGGACAUCAAGGAAAUGACAUUGGCUCUUAUGGAGGAGUCUGAUAUGAUCCUUACUGAUGAAAUCGUAGAAGCCAUAAUCAACAAGACAUUUGAAGAAGCAGACAUGAAAGGAGAUGGCAAGAUUGAUAUUGAAGAAUGGCAGGUUUUCGCAGCAAAGAAUCCUUCCAUAUUGAAGAACAUGACUAUUCCCUACUUGAAGGACAUAACAAUGGGAUUCCCAAGUUUCGUGCAGAAACAAGAUGUUUUCGAAGAUGAGAUAUACAAUUAACAAUAAUGUUUUCCUUUAAUCAAAGAAUAAUAUAGUAACAAAGACACGAUAAUUCC